CCCACAAUCCUGGGACAAUAUGGCAGAAUCUUUUUUUUCGGAUUUUGGCUUGUUGUGGUAUCUGAAGGAGCUCAGAAAGGAAGAGUUUUGGAAAUUUAAGGAGCUCCUCAAACAAGAACCUUUGAAAUUGGAACUCAAGCCGGUCCCCUGGACCGAGUUGAAAAAGGCUUCCAAAGAAGAUGUAGCAAAGCUUCUGGACACACAUUACCCAGGAAAACGGGCAUGGGAGCUGACGCUGAACCUGUUCCUACAGAUCAGUCGGAAGGACCUCUGGACGAAGGCUCAGGAAGAGAUGAGUAAACUAAACCCAUAUAGAAAGCAAAUAAAGGAAAAAUUUCAACUCAUAUGGGAAAAGGAAACCUGUCUUCACGUCCCUGAGCAUUUCUACAAAGAAAGCAUGAAGCAUGAGUGUACAGUAUUGAAUAAGGCAUAUUCUGCUGCAGCUACACCAGUCACUGUGGUCGUGGAAGGUCCUGAUGGAAUCGGAAAAACAACCCUUUUAAGAAAAGUGAUGUUGGACUGGGCAGAGGGAAACUUAUGGAAGGACAGGUUCACAUUUGUAUUUUUCCUCACUGUCUAUGAAAUGAACAGUAUCACAGAGACCAGCUUACCGGAGCUCCUCUCUAGGGACUGGCCUGAGUCUUCAGAGAAGAUCGAAGACGUUUUUUCCCAGCCAGAGCGAAUUCUGUUGAUCAUGGAUGGCUUUGAGCAACUGAAGCUUGACCUGGACCAUACGGCUGACUUGUGUGACGACUGGAGGCAGCGGCAGCCACUGCCAAUUAUCCUGAGCAGUUUGUUGCAAAAAAAGAUGCUCCCGGAGUGCUCCCUGCUUCUUGCAUUGGGACAAGUGGGUAUGCGAAAGAACUAUUUUGUGUUGGAGCAUCCCAAACUCAUCAAGCUCUCAGGAUUCACUGAACCUGAAAGGAAGAUGUAUUUCUCCUGCUUCUUUGGUGAGAAGAAUAAAGCCUUGAAAGUCUUUAAUUUUGUGAGAGAGACUGGACCGCUGUUUAUCUUGUGCCAUAAUCCCUUUAUAUGCUGGUUGGUCUGUACUUGCAUGAAAUACAGGCUAGAGAGGGGGGAAGACCUUGAAAUAAACUCCCAAAACACCACCUCCUUACAUGCAUCCUUUAUAACAAACGUAUUCAAAGCAGGAAGUCAGAGUUCUCCACCCAAGUUGAACAGAGCCCGACUGAAAAACCUCAGUGCUUUGGCUGCAGAGGGACUGUGGACACAUACGUUUGUGUUUUGCCGUGAGGAUCUCCGGAGGAAUGGGUUAUCUGAGUCUGAGGGCUUGAUGUGGGUGGGUAUGAAGCUUCUCCAGAGGUCAGGUGACUGUUUUACCUUCGUCCACGUGUGUAUCCAAGAGUUCUGUGCCGCCAUGUUUUAUUUGCUCAAAGGACCCAAAGACUGUCCUAACCCGGCCAUUGGAAGCAUAACCCAGCUUGUGAGAGCAAGUGUGGCUCAACCUCAAAACUUCUUGACCCAGAUGGGGGUAUUUGUGUUUGGAAUUUCCACAGAAGAAAUCGCCAGCAUGCUGGAGACAUCCUUUGGUUUUCCACUGUCAAAAGACCUCCAGCAGGAAAUAGCCCAGUGCCUUAAAAGUUUCAGUCAGUGUGAAGCUGACAGGGAAGCCAUAGGUUUCCAGGAAUUAUUCAGUUGUUUAUUUGAAACUCAGGAAAAAGAAUUUGUAACACAGGUGAUGAAUUUCUUUGAAGAAGUUUACAUUUAUAUUGCUAACAUAGAACACUUGGUCAUAGCUUCAUUCUGCGUGAAGCAUUGUCACAACUUAACUACACUUCGCCUGUGUAUGGAGAAUAUCUUUCCCGAUGACUCAGGAUGUGUUUCAGAACACAAUGAGAAGCUCAUGUACUGGCGGGAGCUUUGCUCAAUGUUCAGUAACAACAAGAACUUCCAGACGUUAGACAUGGAGAACACCAGCUUCGAUGAUGCCUCCCUGACCAUUCUUUGCAAAGCGCUGGCUCAGCCUGUUUGUAAACUCCAAAAACUCAUGCUUACUUUUAUGUCUAACUUUGGACAUGAUUCAGAAUUAUUUAGGGCUGUUCUUCACAACCCUCACCUGAAAAGUCUGAGCCUGUAUGGCACUGGCCUCUGCCGCACCGACGUCAAGUACCUGUGUGAGGCGCUGAGGCACCCGAUGUGCAAGAUCGAAGAGCUCAUUGUGGUGGUGGUGGUGGGAGCAGAAUUGAAGGACUACCUGGAAAGGUUUUGCCUGUGGCUGAGACAGCAUGUUAAUGUCACUGCGGGAAGCCUCCGUGGGCUGGUCGACGGUGUGUUUCUUUGCAGGUUGAUGUACUGCUGUCUCACCUGUGUCUCCUGUGAGGUCAUUUCCGAAGGGCUUGUGCGCAGUAAAUCCCUGUCCCUCCUCGAUCUGGGGUCCAAUCAUCUGGAAGACAGUGCGGUGGCCUUGCUGUGCGAAGCGCUGAAGCACCCAGACUGUAGCAUACGGGAGCUGUGGUUGAUGGCUUGUUUCCUUACUUCCGAUUCCUGUAAGGACAUUGCUGAUGUUCUCAUCUGCAAUGAAAAACUGAAGAUCCUGAAACUUGGGCAUAAUGAAAUAGGAGAUGCUGGUGUCAAACAGUUAUGUGAAGCUUUGAAGCAUCCUAACUGUAAAUUAGAGUGUCUUGGGCUGCAAACAUGUCGGAUCACCCACGCCUGCUGUGAAGACCUCGCCGAGGCACUGGUAGCCAGCAAAACACUGAGGAGCCUGAACCUUGACUGGAUUACCUUGGACCCUGAGGGCGUGGUGUUGCUGUGUGGGGCUUUGAGCCACCCGGACUGCGCCCUGCAGAUGCUGGGGCUACAGAAAUCUGCCUUUGAUAAAGAAUCUCAGAAGAUGCUGAUGGCUCUGGAAGAAAAAUGUCCCCACCUGAGCAUUUCACAUGAACCUUGGAUUGAGGAGGAAUACAGGAUCAGGGGUGUCAUCCCCUAAUGGGGAACACCCUGAAGUAGUCUUCUCACAAAGGCUUUCUUUGAUCAUAAUGGGCACUUCUCCUCCUGGCACCUCUAUCCUGUAACUGCAUGUCACGGCAGCAGGGCUGUGAUGUCAGGGCUACUCCCUGACAGUGUUCUAGCAAUAUGAUUAUGGAGUGUGAUUCAAUAGGUAUGUGUUGAUUGUCUUGGCCUAGGUCCUAUAUUCCCUUAUCUUUAGAAAUCCCAUCCUACUUUGUAACACUUAGAAAAACAAGUAUGUUAAACUAGUGCUAAAUGCUCUUGAAAGCACGGCUUUAUUUUCUUAGAGGAUGUCCUGGUGUGUAGGACCAUGGAUUUGCAGGCACUACAAUCCUGAUACUUCUGACGUAGAAGUGAUGCUAGAAUGUGUCUAUAGAUUGUAUUGCAAGCACCCAAAUUUUCUAGUUUGUCCACAUUUAGAUUUGAUCAGUUUUCUUGUCCAAUUAAAAAGCAUUU